ACAAUAGCAGGGAACAGUUUCUCCUAAUUCAGCUAAAACUUGCAACCGCUGCCAAGCUGUUCAUGACAGUUGAUAAUUUUGUGCAUUACUGGCACCCUGUGAUUGUAAUUUCUUUAAUGUUCUUGUUCGCUGAGAAAUGUCAAAACGAACAUAUGAAAACAAAACAAGUGAUAACUUUGUAGUAAACAAAUUAGUAUCGUUAAUGAAAGUCAACGCCUUUUAAGUAAUAGUAGAAUUUCAAAUUUAAAUUUGUGAAACAAAAUUAUAACCGUUAUGCUCCCGGAAACGGUAACAUUUUCAAUAACCCUACUUGUGUAUGGAUCAAUACUUUUACUGCUAAUUUACUAUGUACUGACACUUGCGGACUUGGAGAGUGACUAUCUAAAUGCUCAAGAAUGCUGUUCACGUUUAAACUUUUGGGUUAUACCAAAAUUCGGAAUACAUGCUUUACUUUGUAUACUGCUAUUGCUUGGAGGGCACUGGAUAAUGCUAUUACUUAAUAUGCCAAUGGCCAUAUGGCUGGGUUAUGAACUCCAAAGACAACCCAGAGAUAGUCUGGGUGUUUACGAUCCGAUCGAUAUACAUAGUCGUGGACUUUUGAAAGUGCAUCUCAGAAAUUGCAUGAUUUAUUUGGGUUAUUACUUCGUUAUGUUUUUCGUAGCAAUGUACUGUUUAAUUAGUUCACUGAUCAAGGGAGAUCCAAUUAAACGACAUGAGGAAGGAGAAUUUAUAACCGAAUUUUAAAUGAACCGUAUAUUCUAAGCUGCACUAAUCAAUACGUUACAAUCAAAUAGUUGUAGAUUUUACGUUAAUUUUAAUAUCGUACUAGUCAAAUUUUGUCACAAUCGCACCGUAUAAUGAUAAGUAGUAAUGUCUUCCUUUUUUAAAUUUAAGUGCAAAUCAUCAUAAAUCAUUUUAAACCAGUCAAAACUCAUGUUCAUUCGCUCUAAACGUUGUAUCGACUCAUCUAUUCAAUAAUAAGUGCACACGCACAUAAACGCAUUUUUACAUAUACAUACAUAAGUAUAAAAUGUCGAGUGUUAACUAACUUCACUGUCGCAAACUUAUGUAUUAAGAAUUUACUUUGAAGUAAAUUUAAUUUUGAACGCCAUUCAAUUUUGUUGUUUACGAAUAAAACAUUUACUUUGGUAUAUAAUUUUUACAGCCAUUCAUUUCUAAUUCAUCAGUCUACACGACGUACAAUACAUAUAUAUUAUAACAUAUUAGUUUAUUGUUUAAUAUAUUCUAUUUUUAAUUUAAAUGUUUCAAAACCUGUUUACAACUAAUAAACCAUAUAUAAAAUUACUA